AUGCAAUAAAUAUCAACUAAGGAAGGCAAAUAUUUGUAUGGCUUAUAUGUUCUAUGUUAAGGAAAUAUUAUAUCUAGUUCGUAGAAGGGAUAUCUAAAGGGUAUGGUGUUGUAGUUUUAUUAGAUUUAUUAAUAUAAAAGGAUUAGUAAAUAUUGGAGAUUGUUAAUGAAUUUAACAAAGAAGAAUGUUUAUAAGAAUUACAAACAAAACUUUAAGAGAUUUUGAUUGGUAAAGCAUAAAUUAUAAUUAUUAAGAUCUGUCAAGCGAAUCUUAAAGUUUAGCUGGUAAUACUCCAAUUCAUUAAUAAUGGUAUGAUUAGUUUGGAUUAUUAAGGUGUUAUAGAUCGUAGGAUAACAAUAUUUGGGUGCUUAACUAAUUGGGAAUAAAGGAAAGUUAAAUGAGAUACUCAUAUAAGUUCUUAGAAACACAAACUAGCUCUUAGAAAAGAGAUACUCCAAGAGAAGAAUUAGAAGAUUAAUUCUAGUGAU